GGCGGGGCGGGGCGGCUCGGCCCUCCUCCUAGGCGCACCCCUCCUCCGGGGGCGCACCCCUAAGGGAAGAAAAGACACCCUAGGCUGCAAGGAAAAGUUUCUUCCUGGCAGGGCUGGCUCUGCGCUGUUCCGCAAGCCGUCAGGGUGAGCCCGCCUUCCUCGCCGCGGGGCUUGCAGCCUCCAACCCUCCAGCCCGCAGCGCAGCCCAGGCUGCCCGGCCACCUUCGGCUGGGAGGACGCCUGGGAGCGCGGAGCCACUGACUGGGCACCCACCCGCGGGGUUCUCAGCCACUCUCCCCCGCAACUUUGCGUGCUUUGUUCUCUGACUGAAAAAUGCUCCACCGAAGCGCCCUGGACGGGGUCUUCUCCAGGCGGCAAGGGCUCGACCGGGAGACGUGUUACGCUCUCAGCUCCCCAUCAAUUAUGGAUGGAAACAAAUAAGGAAAAGUCAAUUUUGUAUGAGCCGCUUCUUUCGCGGCUAGAGGCGUCUUGUAGCCGGGAGCAGAGGCAGGCAAACCGAGGCCAACACCAGGUAGGGAAACUUCCAGAUUCUACUGCAGUGACCCUCUGUAGAAACUGAGGCAGUAGCCGCCCUGGGGGGAUUGGGAAGCGCUUUCAGCUUCCAGUCGGACGUCUAACUCUUGAGAUCUAAGAACUUGGAGGUGUGGAUGCAAAGUGAGUUUGGAAUUUUUCUCAUUAUUUGGCUACUAGGAUCAUUGCUGGCAGAGUACUGUUUAAAUCUAAUACUUGUUUUUUAAAAAAAAAAUGCCAUGGAGCGCGCUGGGGAGGGGUGGGGGAAGUAUUGCGGUAGGGUAUGAGUUAGAGCACUGGAGGAAUUGGACUGGUCAGUAGUCAAUUCCAGCAUCCUCAGAGUGGGACAGCACAUCGUUAUUAUAGAUAUAACCCCCAACCCCGACUUUGUGUACAGUAACUGGACUCCGUGUCAACCACUAAGGCUUCUUUGCCUUAAAUACAACGCUGCUUCUGGUUACUUAUGGGAAAUGUCGAGGGCUACUUCCUCUCAAAACUUCUAGCUACUACAAAUUUUAAGUCUGCACUACCAAAAUAUAUGUGUUUUCCCCUUCCUUCUGCUUGAUACUUGACACAGUGAAAUAGAAUCUUUUGUUUAUUUCAAUGCCAAAGUCUCGGGGAAAGAGUUAACAUUUUUAUUCAGUUGGUUUCGUCUCUGGCCCUUGAAAAGGAGAAAUACUCUCCUUGGAGAAAAUCUCCAAGGCUUUUCUUCCCUGUAUUGUGAAAUCUUAGACAGCUGGGGGUGGGGGGUAGCGUUUUUACUGUCGUUUUGAUGGCACAAAACAAUAGAUUCUGGAACUGUGUUUAUUCAUGAUGUUAAGUGUCUACCCGAGGAAAUUAACUUCUCUUUAGUAUCGGGUUAAUGUAGUGAGUGACAGACUCAUUCUCUCAAGCUAGCAUGCAUUACACACGAGCAUUUAUCCUGGCUCAGAUACCUAAAAAUUACAGAUACGCUCUGAGAUUGGGCCUAUAUCACUAGGAGCUUAAAUAUCUGAAGAUAAACUACAGCCGGGAUCUGCUUUUCAGGCUUUGGUUGAGGUCUCUGAGCUAUGCUCCAAGGAGACAGUUAAAUGCAUAUGAGAUCCUAAGAUUUCUCUGCUGGCUUGCUUAGGAAGAGCAACAAACCACUAGCAUUUCUUACUGGAUCCUGCAGGAUAUUGGCACCCAUCUCAUUUCUCCUGAGAAUGCUACAUAGGUACCCUUUCUGAGGAGCGCGUCUGUGAUGCAUGAGAAUGUGGCAGGAAUACUGUGACGGCUCCAUCGCCAGGCAUCUGGUUAGCCUGAGUUUGAUUUAGAUCUAUGGGCAUUUUGCCACCCCUACCCCCUUUUUUUCGAUACCCUCUAAUAGUACCAGCACCAUCUGGUCAUGCCUCCCUUGGUUUGAUGAAUUUGAAAGAUGGCUGUGACGUCAGCCUUAGUCCUCAGAGUGAGGGCAACUUAAAAACCCUGAAGACUUCAGUUCACUGGCUUGCUGCACAGGAAGGCUCUGUCCAGUAACUAAUGUGGGUAAGUGAGCCUCUGUAUCCUGUCGUCUGGUGGUUUCCGUUCCUUGAAAGGCCAUGGACAAGAAGCUUGGAUUCAGAACUUUAAUUCCAAAAGAUCCUCACGGUUGCUGAGGACUUAGCUGAGUCUGAGGGAGCUCUUCUUGCUGUUCUGUCAUAAUGAACCAUGGUAAUUAGCUUAGUCAUUGUUCUUGCCUGUGAGUUUCACUAAGAUACAAAGGGUGAGAAAUGCAUCUGAAAUAGGGUCAUUUUUCACUCUUGGGAUGCAUUUCAUGCAGGAUCGAGAGCCUGGCUAGAUGCCUGACCAGUGUUAGUGCAACCCUAGGAGGCAAACUCCUACCCCACCAUGCUGCAGGACAAAAUGGUAGGUUUUAUUUCUAUUCAGGGCUUGUAAGCUUGCGUAGACUGGAUCUAUUUCUAGAGGAAGCAAGAGGCAGUUGAGGUGGGCCAACCUAUUGGUGCUCAUUGAGUACCUGUCAUCCGCAAGGAGCUGUAACCAUGAGCCAACACCCUGUGACCAGAAAGGCUUUUGUAUACUCACCUGGAGCAACACUACUGACUAGAAAAUCAGACCUGGGGGGCAAGACACAGAAAUAUUUGUCCCUUGUGUGUGUGUGUGCAAAUCUGACAAAACUUUGAAGCAAGAUCGUCUGUAUAUAAUGUCGCUGGUGCAGGCCUUCCUGCCCUCAGCAUGAAUGAAUGGGCUGUCAGUUUAGUUUGUGCACUGGGUCUGUCACAGCAACGGAAUAUGGGAUUCUCUGAGGCAUAUGUGAAUGGAGAUUUAGCAUAAAAAAAUCUACCGAAUCCAGCAUCUAAGGAUACGGUAGAGGACAUUUGACAACCCCAGUUGGUAGGAAAAGUGUUGUGAUUUAUUCCUGUGCCACAUGCAAACCGUAGACCCCGUGACUCUGUUAAGUAUGCCAGGACACUUUUCAUUUGAGGUGGCUGACGUCGAGCUGUUUUCCUAGCAGAUCUCGGUAACAGGGACAGUGUAGCUGACCACUGAGGCGGUUUUUAUUUCUCCCCAACAGGAAAAUUGUUAGAAGUUCUUAAUUUAAAAAAAAAAAAAAAGAUUGCAGCCGAGGGCCUUCCAAUCGGUGGAGUGCAGAGCCCACAUGAGCUGUUCGAGUUUCUCAAACUUUUCUAUCUGGCUUUGUUAAGUCACCCCGAUUAGCAUUUUAACAACCCUGAAGUGAACUUCUGCCAUCCUCUCCACUUGGACACAGUGUGUAGAUCAUCCAUCAUCCUGUCCUUGGUUACAACAGGCUUCUGGCUCUAUCACCAUUUGGAGGUACACGGAAUCCAUCCAACUGUGAAUAGCACAGCUGGCUACAGCGAUCUUUCCUUCCACACCACUGGCAACAUUGUCUGGCUGUGGUAACUAAAGCUAACACCCAGAACAGGAAGUUUCCAUCUUUUCACAGCCUGUGCCCACCAGGCCACUCAUCCCGUGUUGGAAGUCCACCUGCCACAGGGCCUGCUGGCUUGCAAGGUGUCUUUCACUUACAGGAGAGCUUGCUUGUUCCAGCCUUAAGUGGCAUGUGGCCAUGGCAGUGAUGCUCUGGGCUUGAUAGAGUUUAGUCACAGAAUUGCAGAAUGAGGAAGCUUCUUCGUUCAGAGUCUACUCAUCCCACUCAUUCUAUCCAAAAGGUGAAGAGAGAAAUAAGAGUAGCAUUUGGCCUGUGACCCAGAACUGGAGACAGAAAAAAGGCCUCUCUAGCUCGUCAGUGACCUACGCUUGCCCUGGCUUCAUCCCUUUUGCUAGACUGUGCAAUGGGCCUAGUAGCCCACAGUACACACAGUUUUGAUCACAUCUUGUUGUUUUCCCCGUUCUGUGUGUCCGUAAUGGUAGCUAUUGCUUGUUAGAGAAAGAAUAAAAUGUAUUGGGCAGGUGAGUUUCUUAGGAGAUAAUUGUCAAGCUUUUCAAUGUCUCGGUUUGAACUUCUCUAGUUGAGAAUACUUCUUUGGGGAUUUGAUGUGCAGAGGGGGUGGGAUCAUUUCACACUUUGAUGUGAGUGACCUUGGCGACAGAACAGCAGGGGCAGGAGGGUGGUGGUGAUGGAAGAGAAAGACGAGGGAGGGACCAGAAACCAUAACACCCAACAAUGAAUGGAGUCUGCUGAUUAAACUCUAGAUGCCCUGAUAAGAUCCCCGCCAUCUUGAUUAUAUGCAAGGCUCCAAUGCCUACAAGGAGUUAGGCUCCAUUACCACUACUUGCUAUGAGGAAACUGGGUCACCCAGUAGGGAGUUCGAACCUCUGGACAUCCCAGCCCACACUGCCUCAUCGUAGUACUUGAUCAGAUCACUUUGAUAUUUCUGACUUCUUCUUAUGAAGUUACAUUUGGGGAGAAUGUGUUUAUUGAAUGACUUACUCAUGUGGGUAGGCUCCUGAAUUGUGUCUUUCUUGCUAACCUAAGUCAUGUCUUCCUGUUAGUCAGAUAACCGUGACUUCUUCAAUGUUCUCAGACAGCACCAUUCCCAACCCUCCUCUCCACGUAGGGUUUUCUUAUCUAGGAUGGCAACAUAGACAGACGCAUGGCAAUAUUCACUCUUAAAAAGGUGCCGUCUGGGUGCACUUACCAUUUGGUUCCAUUGGUACCAUUUGUGUCAGGUGACAGUCCAUUACAUCCUUCUGUCUCGUUUCCCAGAGGUGCUCAUGGGCCACAGCUCUGGGGUUGAAGAUGCUUGCUUGAAGCCUGACCGUGGAUCCCAGCGUGACACACGCUGUUCUUCUUAGGGUUUCCACAGCGCUCUUUGACCAGUGAUCAGACCUGCUGCUGAGAUGCACGUUCUCCCGUGCAGCAGCUUCUCGUUACUGUGCAUUUUCCUUCAGAAUUCCUGUGGGAGGAAAAACUUAAAACCAGGUAUUCAUUCCCAUUGCACAUGAUGCUGAAAUUUAAGGUUUUCAACAUAUAUUUAAGGGAAGGAAAUAUAGGUUUCAAGAGUAAGCGUUCAGUGUGUCAGUACACGGAUAAUAAGGCCUCAGGAGGAUCUGCAACCACUUAGCCUGUUAUUGGAGUCUGCAUUUACCAGUAGAAGCAAUGGUUUGCACUGGCACAAAAGACCUGGAGUAGAGGAAGUGUGUCAAGAAAACACUUGUGUUCCUCAGUGGACCAUCAGCAAACCAGGAAGCUAGAUUCUCUCCCUUCACCAGUACCUCACUUGUAACCCCAGGAGUUAGGAACUAGGGAGUUAGGGUCAGACAUCCCUUGGGUAGUUGGCAGAUAGAAGAAAGGCACUUCUGAAAGCAGUAGACAAAGAAAGAGGGACCACAGAAGUAGUGAUUGCAUUCCUCACUCUCUGUUCUUGUCCUUGUCGCAAACGUGUUCAUUCGGUUUUGACCAAGGAUCUGUUCUGCAUGAGUCCCUGGAGGAGCACAUGAUUCCAGAGCGCUAAGCAAACUGUCACAGUAGAAUGGGGUGUGUUUUAAGCGCCAGAGAAGAUACACCCAGUCCUGUGGAAGCUGAGAAAAGGGAGGUUAUUUCUGGCAAGGGUGGUCAGGGAGGGCCCUGUGGGGCCACUGAUAUUUGAGCUGCUCCUUGAACUAGGUAGGACUUGGACAGGUGGACAGUGAGAGGAGGUGGGGGAGGUGUUGAAAGAGAAGGCAUUCCAGGCAUAGAGAACAGCUUAGGCAAAGGGCCUGGGGUGGGGUGGGUUUGGGGUCAAGGUCAGUUAUCUGCAUUUGAGUCCUUACUUACCUCGGACUUGUAUUUCAGGUGCACAGUGGCAGUUGGCUGUGCAACCCACAAAGAUGUAUUGGGUGUCCCUGAGCUGCCAGCCUGGCAGAGUAAGCCAUCAGAAUGCAUGGGAUCAAUCUGUGACAAGUCAGAUUGCUCUAUGAUGAGUGGUGAGAGCCCCACGUCAGCUGCGGGUGGAUCAUGUAUACACGAACUCAGCAGUGAGGACCCAGCGAGACCUCUGCUCACUGAGAUAUUGAGCAGAAGCAACUGAGGUUGCUGAUUUGUGGGCCUUAUCUUUUCUUCUUAACACGAAAAGACUUUAAACGCAGACUCUUCCUUUUCUUUUUUCUUUAAAUAGAAUGCAUGCUUGUAUGAGUGUUCUGGAAGGGAAAGAAGAUGAUGUGGAGACAGGAAAUAGAGAUGAAAUGAGAAUAAAAACACUGAAACCAUGAUAACGAGGUGGGCUGGAGUAUAAGGCCCAUUUAGAUGGCAGCUUCCUGAGGUUGUGACCUGGUUCAAGUCAGCAGAGGGAGAAGCCCGUAUGUUCAGCAAGUGUCGUAAAUGCACAGUGAGUUUUAUCAUACUGCAGAUAGAGUCUCCCCUGGUGCGCAGACUACAUGGCGUGGUUUGAGGCCGGGGCAGCUUAUUCCUAACAGAGGAAAAAGACUUGGAAAAUUAUGACGGCAUCCGUUAGGAAGUGAACAUUUCCUUUGUGGUUCUGAACUCCCAGGGCAAAGUUUCUGCCUCCAGUGAUGGUUCUCUGUGUCAUUUCCUCCCUAACACUGUGACUCCCCGCUACCCAGUUCCAAACCUUCCUCCAAGCUAAGUAGGAGCGUGGGUGAUUCUCAGCCAUUGUUAACCCAGAGGUUAACGUAAAUUACAAUCAGCACACAGUUAAGUUUAAUGGCGAAUGUGAUAAACUUCAGGGGAGGGAAGACAGAAGUUGUGUGGUGUAGGUAUGCUUAUUAGAAUACAUAGGGAAAGUGGAAUAAGAUGAAAACGGGGAUCCGGGGAGGCAUUGGGAAUGGUCAAGUCAGCUGCUUUCCCAUGCCUUGGACCCACCCCGGCUCAGCGUUCCAAGGUGUAUUCAGGACUCUCACAGGUUACUGCUUUACAUGACAGUCUCAGCGAAGAAUGGCUGCCAAUUAAACACCAGUCAGAAAUUACAAAAUAGGUCAGUAGGAGAGGUCCAACCAUGAGCAAAUCCAAUAUGGGGAACAAAAUUUUUAGGAAUAUUCCGGUGUCUUAAAACAGAGAGUCCGUUAAGUCUAGUAGUUGAUCUGCCGCCCGCACAGGAGCUUGAAGCAAAAGGCACUCUGCUCCCCUGUGCCCAGCCCAGUUGCCUCUAAACCCAGUCUAAAAUAAGCCAGCCUGGCUCAGCAGGGCUAAUAAUAACAGUGCAUGCUAUGUGUUUGCCCUGCACGGUGGCAUUGUGCCUAGCACUUUAAAUAUGUUGUCUCAUUUAAUCCUCUCGCCACCCCCGAGAAUGUAAGGCUGAGAGCAAGGGGCUGACAUAUGUGAGUCCUCGCCAUGUGCCCGGCACGCAAGCAAAUAUGCUAAAUCAUUUGACCAGCGUUCUUGAAGAUGGCUACUAUUAAUAACAUACUCAUUGUACAGAGGAAGAAACUGAGGCAUGGGAGAGAAGCUAAGUGGGACUUCUGAGGAGGGAGCUCAGAUACCUUCUCGGCCAACCAUGAGGUUCUUUCUGCUGUGGUUCUGUGUGCUGUUCCUUCUGGUCUCCAGGUUACGGGCCGUCAGCUUCCCUGAGGACGAUGAGCCCCUUAACACGGUUGACUACCACUAUUCAAGGCAAUAUCCGGUUUUUAGAGGACGCCCUUCAGGCAACGAAUCGCAGCAUAGGCUGGACUUUCAGCUGAUGUUGAAAAUUCGAGACACACUUUAUAUUGCUGGCAGGGAUCAAGUCUAUACAGUGAACUUAAAUGACAUCCCCCAAACAGAGGUGAUCCCGAGCAAGAAGCUGACAUGGAGGUCCAGACAGCAGGAUCGAGAAAAUUGUGCUAUGAAAGGCAAGCAUAAAGAUGAAUGUCACAACUUCAUCAAAGUCUUUGUCCCAAGAAAUGAUGAGAUGGUUUUUGUCUGUGGCACCAACGCUUUCAACCCGAUGUGCAGAUACUAUAGGUUGAGUACCUUAGAGUAUGAUGGGGAAGAAAUUAGUGGCCUGGCACGGUGCCCGUUUGAUGCCCGACAAACCAAUGUUGCCCUCUUUGCUGAUGGGAAACUGUAUUCUGCCACAGUGGCUGAUUUCCUGGCCAGUGAUGCUGUCAUUUACAGAAGCAUGGGUGAUGGAUCGGCCCUCCGCACAAUAAAAUACGACUCCAAAUGGAUCAAAGAACCACACUUUCUUCACGCCAUAGAAUAUGGAAACUAUGUCUAUUUCUUCUUCAGAGAAAUCGCCGUGGAACAUAAUAACUUAGGCAAGGCUGUGUACUCCCGAGUGGCCCGCAUUUGUAAAAACGACAUGGGUGGCUCACAGCGGGUCCUGGAGAAACACUGGACUUCCUUCCUGAAGGCUCGGCUUAACUGCUCAGUCCCUGGAGAUUCCUUUUUCUACUUCGAUGUUCUGCAGUCCAUCACAGACAUCAUCCAAAUCAAUGGCAUCCCCACCGUGAUCGGGGUCUUCACCACGCAGCUCAACAGCAUUCCUGGCUCUGCAGUCUGUGCCUUUAGCAUGGACGACAUUGAGAAAGUGUUCAAAGGGCGGUUCAAAGAGCAGAAAACCCCAGACUCUGUUUGGACAGCGGUUCCUGAAGACAAAGUACCAAAACCAAGGCCUGGCUGUUGUGCCAAACAUGGCCUCGCGGAAGCUUACAAAACCUCCAUCGACUUUCCAGAUGAUACCCUGUCUUUCAUCAAGUCCCACCCGCUGAUGGACUCCGCUGUCCCACCCAUUGCUGAUGAGCCCUGGUUCACAAAGACUCGGGUCCGGUACAGGCUGACAGCCAUCGAAGUGGACCGUUCGGCAGGGCCGUACCAAAACUACACAGUCAUCUUUGUUGGCUCUGAGGCCGGCGUGGUGCUUAAAGUUUUGGCAAAGACCAGUCCUUUCUCUUUGAACGACAGUGUAUUACUCGAAGAGAUCGAAGCUUAUAACCCAGCCAAGUGCAGCGCCGAGAGUGAGGAGGACAGGAAGGUCGUCUCGUUACAGCUGGACAGGGAUCACCAUGCUUUAUACGUGGCCUUCUCCAGCUGCGUGGUCCGCAUCCCCCUCAGCCGCUGUGAGCGCUAUGGCUCCUGUAAAAAGUCUUGCAUUGCAUCACGAGACCCGUACUGUGGUUGGUUAAGCCAGGGAGUGUGUGAGAGAGUGACCUUAGGGAUGCUGCUGUUAACCGAAGACUUCUUUGCUUUCCAUAACCACAGUGCUGGAGGAUAUGAGCAGGACACCGAGUAUGGCAACACGGCCCACCUAGGGGACUGCCACGAAAGUUUGCCUACUUCAACUACACCAGAUUACAAAAUAUUUGGCGGUCCAACAUCUGACAUGGAGGUACCCUCAUCUUCUGUUACCACUGUGGCAAGUAGCCCAGAAAUUACAUCUAAAGUGAUUGAUACCUGGAGACCUAAACUGACGAGCUCCCGGAAAUUUGUAGUUCAAGAUGACCCAAACACUUCCGAUUUUACUGAUACUAUAUCAGGUAUCCCAAAGGGUGUACGGUGGGAAGUCCAGUCUGGAGAUUCCAACCAGAUGGUCCACAUGAAUGUCCUCAUCACCUGCGUGUUUGCAGCUUUUGUCUUGGGCGCGUUCAUCGCAGGAGUGGCUGUGUACUGCUAUCGUGACAUGUUUGUUCGGAAGAACAGAAAGAUCCAUAAAGAUGCAGAAUCGGCCCAGUCAUGCACAGAUUCCAGUGGAAGCUUUGCCAAGCUGAAUGGUCUCUUUGACAGCCCCGUCAAGGAGUACCAGCAGAACAUCGAUUCACCCAAACUGUACAGCAACCUGCUGACCAGUCGGAAGGAGCUGCCUCCCAACACGGAUCCAAAGUCCAUGGCCAUGGACCAUCGAGGCCAGCCUCCAGAGCUGGCUGCUCUCCCCACGCCAGAGUCUACACCUGUACUCCACCAGAAGACCCUGCAGGCCAUGAAGAGCCACUCCGAUAAGGCCCAUGGCCAUGGUGCUUCAAGGAAGGAACACCCCCAGUUUUUUCCUUCUAGUCCUCCACCCCAUUCCCCGUUAAGUCACGGGCAUAUUCCCAGUGCCAUCGUUCUUCCAAACGCCACUCAUGACUACAACACAUCCUUCUCAAACUCUAACGCUCACAAAGCCGAAAAGAAGCUUCAGAACGUUGAUCACCCUCUCACAAAGUCAUCCAGUAAGAGGGAACACCGGCGCUCUGUGGACUCCAGAAACACCCUCAAUGAUCUCUUGAAGCAUCUCAAUGACCCAAACAGUAACGCCAAAGCCAUCAUGGGAGAAAUCCACAUGGCCCAUCAGACCCUCAUGCUGGACCCAGUGGGACCAAUGUCUGAGGUCCCACCCAAGGUUCCUAACCGGGAGGCAUCCCUAUACUCCCCCCCCUCAACACUCCCCAGAAAUAGUCCAACCAAGAGAGUAGAUGUCCCCACCACUCCUGGGGUCCCAAUGACUUCUCUGGAAAGACAAAGGGGUUAUCACAAAAACUCCUCCCAGAGGCACUCUAUAUCUGCCGUGCCUAAAAACUUAAACUCACCAAACGGUGUUUUGUUAUCUAGACAGCCGAGUAUGAACCGUGGAGGAUAUAUGCCCACCCCAACAGGGGCGAAGGUGGACUAUAUUCAGGGGACACCGGUGAGUGUCCAUCUGCAGCCCUCCCUCUCCAGACAGAGCAGCUACACCAGUAAUGGUACCCUACCCAGGACGGGACUAAAGAGGACACCAUCCUUAAAACCUGAUGUGCCACCAAAGCCUUCCUUUGUUCCUCAAACCACAUCUGUCAGACCACUGAACAAAUACACUUACUAGGCCUCAAGUGUGCUAUUCCUGUGUGGCUUUAUCCUGUCCCUGCUGUUUCGAGGAAGCUGUGAGGGUACCUUAAGACGAGAUACCUGCUUGUGUUUUAAGAGAAACAAGUAGCCAAAGAAACUCUGUAACUUUGGUAACACCAGAACUUGCCACAUGUAGCUACUACAGCAAGGCUUCUGUGUACUUGCGGGAAAGGAAGGGAGGUCCUGCUCAUUCCACGUCUUUUGUUUGAAGCCGAAGGGCUGUGUAGCCCGGAAGGGCUCCCUUCGCCAGUGUGAAGAACUGACACAGUGCUCAGAAGACCUGAGCCAACACUUGAAAUGGGUUCAGUGUAGACUGCCGUUCAGCGUGGUCUUCCCAUUAAAUGUGAACAUUUCAAUAUGUAUGCAUUCACCUUGCCUCUUGCACAAAUGUCAAAAUGGAAAGAUGGGAAUGUCUCAAAACAAAACGAGCUUGGAGAUUGCCAAGCAGUUUGCUGAAAAUUCAAUCUUUGGCCCAAACUGUAGCAUUUUUUUUUCUGAGUGUGGCACUGUUUUUUUUUUUUUAAUGCCACCAACAAACUGUUUAGAGGUGUGUGUGUGUGUGUGUGUGUGUGUGUGAGAGAGAGAGAGAGAGAGAGAGAGAGAGAGAGAGAGAGAUAUUUAGGUGCCCAUAGCAUCUUUUCUACUUUGGAGUGGUUUACAGUAAGCAUGGCUGAACAAGAACUAAAGUCCUCCCACACCAGUCCAUUGAGUUUGCCUCCCUUAAGAAAUAGUCAAGGCUUCUUUGACUGUCAAGUGAUGAACAUAACCUAUGUGAUACCCAAUGUCAGAACAUUUAAGUGUUCUAAGUAAUUUUGUGCUGCUAUCCAUCAGAACGUCUAUUCCAGUCUUGCCAGCUUAAGAAGUUAGAGGAAUGAAGAGGUAUCCUUGAUGUAUCUACCAGUAUUCAGUAGUAACAUUUACCUGUCCACUGUGAAUUAAAGCCUGAGGCACGCUACUCAUCCUUGGACACACUUAGAAGCAUUUAUUUUGAUUGUGUUAUUUUAUUUUCCAUAUAGAAAAACUUUUCCUCUCUUAAAUCCUCUUACCCCCAACCCCCAAGGGGCAAGAGAAGGCCAAAACUAGGACAAAAGAAAGAGACAGAUAGCAAAGACAGACAAUUGGCUUAGCAUGGAGGGUCUAUAAAGCUCUCCGUGGUCCUGUCCUCCCUCUGUGUUGUGUUCUGUGAGGAUUUUCUCCUGAGUCAUGCAGGCAAUGACAGUGAACUGUAAAUACCACAUGUGAGUUUACCUGGAUCUGUGCAUUUUGUGCCUUAUUCACGAGAGUGGUAGAAGUCCCGCGGUAUGCUGAGUGUUUCCGCUACAGAGCGUCAUUUCCCAUGUGCCACUUGUAAGUGUUUUGCAGCCAGCACCUGAAGAUUUCUUACAGUCAUAAAGCAACCUAGAGCGACUUGUUGUUGAACAACGCCGCCCCCCUCCCUCCAGGAUCAGAAGCAGCACCCACCCUUUGCCAUGACAAACAUUCCACCCCUGCUGUUCUGAUAAUGUGAAGUCAGAUGAGGGUUCCCAGGGAACGUGGCACCUGUGGAAACCAUGUCGAGUCAUUUCUAUGUAGCUUGGCAGAGCCCACUGACGGCUGAAGGUGUGUUACCUACUGAUAGCUUUGGUUAACUCACUGCUCGUCCACCCAGUCAUUUACCCAACCUAAUCUAGAAAUUUCCACAGCCAAGGAAGGCCCCUGACCCAAUCGGGCAAAGUCCAGGCGAUAUCUUGGGACAGUGACGACGGUAUGCAUUACCUGGGGGAGGACGGGGUACAAAACACCAGAUCAUUUUUAUACAGGAUGUAGAAUACUGAUGCAGUUGAUCUUUUCCUUCAAGAACAUGCUUUUCUAUUGGGAAAAAAAAAUGAUUCCCUGUGAUCUCUUGUAAGCUCUAAAGCUGAAACACUUCAGCUUUGCAACUAAAAAUAUUACAGUUUAAUAAUCAAUUAAACCAACCCACAAUAAGCACUACACAUCUGCCACCCACCACCUUGUUCGCAUUCUCCUUACCAAUAUUAAUCCCAGCGUGGUAACUCUGUGUGACGCCCCUCCCCUGAUAACAUUUUGUAACAUUGUGCUGCCUUAGAGUUUGUACUGUGAGUUCUAUCAGUAUUUAUGUUGAAAUUUCUAACAUGGAUUCUAGUCUCUAUUCUGUUAAUUUAAUUUUAAAUGCUUUAUCCAUUUGUGCAAAGGUAAACACAGAUUGUAUCUUUUUUAAUGGUACGGCAUAAAAAAAAAAUAACCCUGAAGUGAAGUGGCUCUAUACUGUUUUAUAGAGUCCUUUAACGUGUAUAGAUAUCUUGUAAACUUGUAUUGUGGAUGUGUAAAUAAUAUGUACUUUGGGUUUUUAACACCGCAUGUAAAGUCAAAAUAAAAUAUCCAAGUCAUUACAUCA